AGUGCGGAUCCCGGCGCCGCCCGCCAUGGACACCGGAGUCAUCGAAGGGGGGCUCAACGUGACGCUCACCAUCCGGCUGCUCAUGCACGGAAAGGUAGUCUCCCUUCUCUCCGCGCAGAAAGGGGAGUCCGUGAAGAAGAUGCGCGAGGAGAGCGGCGCCCGCAUCAACAUCUCCGAAGGGAACUGUCCCGAGCGGAUCAUCACCCUGGCCGGCCCCACCAACGCCAUCUUCAAAGCGUUUGCCAUGAUCAUUGACAAACUGGAAGAGGACAUCAGCAGCUCCAUGACCAACAGCACGGCCGCCAGCCGCCCCCCGGUCACCCUGCGCCUCGUGGUCCCCGCCAGCCAGUGCGGCUCCCUCAUCGGCAAGGGGGGCUGCAAGAUCAAGGAGAUCCGCGAGAGCACGGGGGCGCAGGUGCAGGUGGCAGGCGACAUGCUGCCCAACUCCACGGAGCGCGCCAUCACCAUCGCCGGCAUCCCCCAGUCCAUCAUCGAGUGCGUCAAGCAGAUCUGCGUCGUCAUGCUCGAGUCCCCGCCGAAGGGCGUCACCAUCCCGUACCGGCCCAAGCCCUCGAGCUCGCCCGUCAUCUUCGCAGGCGGCCAGGCCUAUACCAUUCAAGGACAGUAUGCCAUUCCACAGCCAGAUCUGACCAAGCUGCACCAGCUGGCGAUGCAACAGUCGCACUUCCCCAUGUCCCAUGGCAACACUGGAUUCAGCGGCAUUGACUCCAGCUCUGCGGAGGUGAAAGGCUAUUGGGGUUUGGACGCCUCCGCUCAAACCACUUCCCACGAACUCACCAUUCCAAAUGAUCUCAUCGGCUGCAUCAUCGGGCGCCAGGGCGCCAAGAUCAACGAGAUCCGCCAGAUGUCGGGCGCGCAGAUCAAGAUCGCCAACCCCGUGGAGGGCUCCACCGACCGCCAGGUCACCAUCACCGGCUCCGCCGCCAGCAUCAGCCUGGCCCAGUAUCUAAUCAACGUCAGGUAG